CAGUUAACAGGGAACAGGAGGAGGAUCACACUCCCCCUUGUGCCUUGCACAACAUCUCCUUGAUUUAUGCCUCCUUUAUUUCAAGAGCAAGCCCUUAAAAGAGGCCAGCUUGCUGGUUUUUUGUGAGGUAAAACAAAAUCAUGGCGUCAGUGAAAGAAGUGUUCAUCUGUGCUGCCGUUUUUCUGGUUGCCCUCGUUUCACACAGCGAGGGUAUAAUCGGUGGAAAGGAGUCGACGCCACACUCCCGCCCCUAUAUGGCCUCAAUUCAGGUACCAGUGGGGGAUAAAAUGCGGCAUGAAUGUGGAGGUUUUGUGGUCGCAGAUCAGUGGGUGAUGACAGCAGUCCACUGCAUGCCGAACGGACCAAAUGGAAGGAAGGUUGUGCUGGGUGUUCAUUCUCUGAGCGAACCUGAGGACACAAAGCAAACCUUCGAGAUUCAGGAACUUCACAACCACCCUGAUUUCAGCUCAGCAAAUUACAACAACGACAUUGCUUUAAUUAAGUUGGAUCGCCCCAUUAGCGCCACUGAAGCCGUGAAACCCGUGCAAUUUCUGCGAGCCGGUGGCACAAACCCCAGUCCAGAUGAAGAUGUGGAGGCAGCCGGCUGGGGAUCGGAGGACAACUUGGAAACCAGGCCAGAUAAGCUGAAAGAAGUGGUUGUCCAGGUGGUCAGGCCAACCCGGUGUUCACGCAGCGACUACUUUGGCAAAAAGUUUACCGACAACAUGAUGUGUGCACAUAAAAUUUGCCCAGACCCCUGUGAUCAACCACAUCCGGUUGAGGACAGCUGUGAUGGGGACUCUGGAGGCCCUCUGCUUUUCAACGGAACUGUAGUGGGUAUCACCUCCAACGGAGGAAAAAAAUGUGGCCAAGUGAAAAAGCCUGGAAUUUACACCAUCAUCUCCCACUACACUGAGUGGAUCGACCGCACCAUGGGCCUGCCCGCAGCAGCGGCAAAUUAGAGCCGUCCAAUAAGAGACAAUAUUGCAGUUCACAUAUAACUCUCACAUAUAAGCUGCCUGUUUAUGCCACUGUCAAGUCACUGAUUAAGUUUCUGUAAAAGCUAUGCUUACUUUUUGUUCUCAAAUUUGCUAUUCAUUUGUUCUUCUGCCAUAGAUAGAACCACUUCCUGUAGAAUCAGAUCAAUUCCAAUACUGUAUUUCACUUUUGUUCUAAAUAAAAUCAUUUUUAUAAAUUAAGUUUUAAUUGUUGUUUAUUGAAUUGUACACUAACAGAUAAAGUACAAUGACAUUACAGAACAAGCCAAGAAAAAAAAUCAGUGUAAACAUAUCAUUAAGCCACAUCAAAGCAUGCAAUAAAAAAAAACUUAAAUGUAAAAAUACAGGAUCAUUAACCAUAAACCUGUUAAAACAAACAAAAAAAGUAAUUGCUUAUGUCAGAUUAUUAUAGUACAAUUUGCCUCAGGUACCAGUUAAAAUUCU